AUGCUUCGAUCUUUCACAAUUUUCUCAACACUAAUACGCAAUCCAAUAAAAUUGCAUAGUACACCCUCUGUGGAAGAUCAAACAUUAACAAUUUCAGCAGAAACUGAUUUUACAAAUGAUAGUGUAAUCACAGAAUUGAUAGAAGAGAAUAAUGUCAAUACCAUAGUAAUUUCUGCACCUAUUCAAACAAUACCAAAGAAAGAUUAUUUCAAAACAAUUCAAACAGUAAAAAUUACAUCAACAUCUACAACAGCAUUAGAAGCUGGACUAUUUCAGAACAAUGCUUAUAUAACAGAAGUUCAAUUACCAACAUCCAUUACAUCUCUUCCUGAUUAUUGCUUUGCUUAUUCUUCAAUUUCUAAAAUUGACAUAUCAAAAAUCACUACUUUCGGAGCUUCGUGCUUCGCACAUUGCCCACUUCUUACUAAUAUCAGUUUUCCAGGAUCUGAAAUUCCAUCCGGAUUUGCAGCACAUUGUUACGCAUUAACUCAAGUAGAUUUGGCUAAAAGCACAAUAUCAAUAGGUGCUAGCGCGUUCUCGCAUUGCAUUAGUUUGAAAACAAUAGAUUUUGCGAAGAUUUCAACAAUUGGCGAAAAUUCUUUCGAAUUUACAAAUAUUCUUGAACUUAAAAUAGUUUCAACAAUCAUUUCAAUUGGAACUCAAGCGUUCCAAUACUCUAAUUUGUCAACUUUGACAUUUUCUUCAAUAAAUUCAAAUUUAGCUAUUUCAAGUCAAGCAUUUAGAGGCUGUUUAUUCAAGUCUGUAAUAGUUCCAGCAAUUUCACUUACAAAUAGUGAAUAUUUGUUCGGUGAAUGCCCAUAUUUACAAAAAAUUACUUUAGAUUCAACAACAAUUGCAAUUCCAGCAGGAUUUUGCAGAGAUUGUUUGAAUCUUACAACAGUAUCGGCACCAGGAGUCACUGAAAUAGGCGAAAACGCCUUCUUUAAUUGCAAAUCACUAAAUUCAGUAACAUUUGGAACAAUAACAGCCUUUGGAAACUCAUGUUUCAGGUUCUGUGAGUCCCUUAAAUACACUAUUCCCGUUGAAACAACAACAAUUGGCGAUUAUUCAUUCGCUUAUUGCCAAAAUUUAGUUUUAUCGGAUUUACCAAAUUCACUUUCUAUCAGAAAUUUUGCGUUUUUAGGUGUAAAUUCAAUUCAAUCUUUAACUGUUAAUUAUUCACUUGGAAAAGGCUGUUUCCAGGGUUGUGGAUACUUAACAACUGUCACAAUAAAGUCUCCUUGCACUGUUAUUCCUCAGUUCACUUUUUGUAACUGUUCAAAUUUGACAAAAGUGACAUUUUCUGACAUUAUUGAUGAAAUUGAUUCCUAUGCAUUUUCUAGCAUCGGAAUUGUUUCAUUACUUAAUAUAUCCAGUGUAAAUUUAGUUAAAUCUUUCGCUUUCAGUUAUUCAGGCGUAAAAUCAAUUUUGAUUCAAAACACAACAGAAAAUUUGGCAUUUUUCGGUUGUUCUCAAUUACAAAAAGUGACAAUUUCGUCAACAUGUGAAGAUUUCAAUCCAAUGUCAUUUUUGAACAUUUCUGAUUUGUCAAUUUCUGUAAAAAGUGACAAUCAUAAUUUACAAAUUGUAAACAAAACAAUUUACAAGAACCAAACAAUAAUUUGUUGUGUUUUGCCAACAUAUUCUGACAGUUUAUUUAAUGUGUCAGAUUUUAUGACAGAAAUUGGCAAAUAUGCUUUUUGUUUGAACACAGAAGUAGAGACAUUAGAAAUUCAUUCAUAUUUGGUAUUGAAUUCACAAGAAUAUUCUCAUUUUAAGAUUUUGAAUAUUACAAAAAUACCAAAAUCAACUCCAAUGAUAAUUGAAAGUUUCGGAGAUUCUUAUAAUCUUAGAAAGAUAUCAAUCAAAACAUCUAUAUCUAAAAUCAAAGAAUACGCAUUCAAGAACUGUUACAAACUAUCAGAAGUUGAAAUUUCUGAUGAUACAAUACUAUUAAAAGGAGCUUUUAGUAAUUGUUAUUCUUUAGAAUCAUUUACACUUCCUUAUAUGAAAAAUAGUGAAGAUCUUGAUUAUUCCUAUUUGUUUAUGAACUGUAUCAAACUUUCUAGUGUAACAAUAAAGCCAACAAUGAUUACACUCAAAGAGGGAAUGUUUAUGAAUACAGGAUUCAAAGAAUUCACUGUUCCAAACACAAUUCAAGAAAUAGAAUCAAAAUGUUUCGCAAAUUGUGAAAAAUUAUAUAGAAUAACUUUGGGAAAUUCCAUAACUAAAAUUGAUUCCCAGAAUGAUUGGUUCAUUGGAAAUAAAUUCACAUUAGUUCUCCAUAAAUAUGUGAAUUAUAUUGAUUCAAAUGCUUUCGUAAAUUAUCCAAAUUUGAAAGAAAUUACAAUUCCAAAUGAUAAUCCUUAUUAUUUGUCUGAAAGUCAGUGUAUUGUUGAAAAGACAACAAACGCAUUGAUAACAACUUAUGGAGUAUUGCCUCAACAAUUCAAGAUUCCAAGUUCUGUUGAAAUCGUUGAAGAAAACUCAUUAAAAGAUCUUAGAAAUAAUGAAAUUCCUUUCGAAGGAGAAAAAUUCACAAAUGAAAAACCUGCUUCGAUUAUCAUUAUUCCUUCUUCUGUUAAAGAAUUUAAGCACCAAUCAAUAGCCACAACAUAUAGUGUUUGCUAUCAAGGUGAAUACUUCCAAACAGAGAAUUUAAGAGGAACAUAUGCUUUUGUUGAAAAGAAUUAUUUCAAUCCUUCUGUUUUCGGUGAAAAUGUUGUUUAUAAAUGUGAUAAAUCAUUAAGUGACGAUUAUAAAUGGAGACACAUAAUAGGAAUGACUGCUGCUGAAAUCGGAUUAACAGUGGCAGCUGUUAUUUUAGGUGUUGGAUUAAUAGUUAUUGUUAUCUUAUACUUUGUCUGCAGUAAUGACUGGCUUGAUGUUUAA